AUGGAUUUACUUGCUGGUAUUAGUUUAUAUGAAGAUUUAGCAAUGUAUGAACAUGAAGUAACAUUCCAUGAUGAAGAAAAACGAAAAAUGUGUCAUUCAACUAGUGUAAAAAAUUUGCACUAUUCUCUAACACAUCCAACAUUGAAUAUAGAUCAAGUAGAAAUUCAUGAUUUAAUGUCAUGUUUAUUAGAUAAAAUUGAUAAAGAAUUAAAUCCUUCAUCGAUAUCAAAUGAAACAUAUAAGUUAUUUGAUGCAGCAUCAAUUAAUAAACGUCAAAUAUCAUUGAAUUCAACGGAUAAUAAUUAUAAUGAUGAAACAUUUCUUCCAAUAUCAACAAAUGAUAAUUUUUUAGAUGAUUCAUUACAAUAUUCAAAUGAUUUAUUUCAACCACUUGAUGAUUAUAAACAUUCAAUUGGAAUUUUACUUAAUGAUGAUGAUGAUGAUAAAAAUGUAAAUAUAGCUUUUAAUCGAAUACCAUCACAAAUUUCUCAUGUCUUCGAUUGGACACGAUUCAGACGUGCUGUAAAGAUAAAGAAGGGAUGUGUUUUGAAAAAUUAUGUACCACUUGAUCAAUUUAAUAAACGUUUUGGUGAAAUUGAUGAAUUAUUACGUAAACAACAAGAAAAUUAUUUUGCACCACAUCGUAUUGAAAUACCUUAUUAUUUAUGUAUAAAAACAAGUAUACAUACACAUGAUAUACCAUCAUUAUAUGCAAGACAAUAUAAGAAGAAUACUGAUAAAUUUAAUGAUAAUGUUUAUGGAAGAAAACAACUUAAAAAUGAAUAUUGGUUUUCUAUACCUAAAGAGAAAACUGAUCCUCUACAUGCAUUUUUUCUUCGUUGGACUCCUGAACGUGCAUUAGAUCCAUUAAUUGAUGAUGAUAAACAACCGUCAAAUAUUGAUCCAACAAAAUCGAAUAAUCAAUCUUCAAAUAAAGGUUUUGUUUUAUUAACUGAUGAUAAUAAUUCUCAAUUACCUAAUGAUUAUUCAACACAUCAAAAUUUAAAAAAUCAAAUAACAAAAAUUAAUGAACAACUAAAACGACCUCAUUAUUUAUCACGACAAAAUACAUUGCUUAAAGAUUGGGAGACAUCUAAAUAUUAA